AUGUCCUCCGAACAUCAAGACGUCGAAUCCAAGUAUCAAGUUGCCCACUCUACUCCUCCACCUGUAGCAGCUGCACCUACAAUUGCUAAUCCGGGCCCUUUGGGUCUCUGUGGUUUCGCUUUGACCACAUUUGUAUUAUCACUUCAUAAUGCUGGUGCAGGUGUUCCUGCCACAGGCCCUCAUGGCGUUGUUACUGGUCUUGCUUUCUUUUAUGGUGGUCUUGUUCAGCUUUUGGCUGGUAUGUGGGAAUUUAAGACAGGAAACACAUUUGGUGCAACUGCAUUCUCUAGUUAUGGUGGCUUCUGGCUCUCAUUUGGUUUGAUUUUUAUUCCUGGUGCCAACAUUACCGGUAGUUAUGGUACUGACAAAGCUCUUUUGGAAAAAUCGCUUGGCUAUUAUCUCUUAGGUUGGACUAUUUUUACUGGUAUCAUGUUGAUCGCUUCGCAUCGCUCUAAUAUUGGUCUUAUUUCUCUCUUCUUUUUCUUGUUCAUCACAUUCAUCAUGCUGACUGCUGGUAAAUUAAAUGAAUCUGUUCCUUGCCAGGUUGCUGGUGGUGCUCUUGGUGUUGUCACUGCUCUAAUUGCUUGGUAUAAUGCCCUGUCUGGUUUGUUGACUAAGCAAUCCUCUUAUUUCACCUUGCCUAUUGGACGCCUCAACUAA